AUGGGAAAAAGAAUUACUCUAAUAUUUUUGUUUGUGAUAACCUUUCUUGUUUUGAGUAGUGUAGAUGUGAAAACUAAAGCUAUACAAAAUUUAUCAGAAGUCGACAGGAAAUUGAUGGUUCUGAACAAGCCAGCAAUCAAAAGUAUUAAGAGUGAAGAUGGAGAUAUUAUUGAUUGUGUUGACAUCUACAAGCAACCCGCUUUUGAUCACCCUGCAUUAAGGAACCAUAUAAUUCAGAUGAAACCGAAUAAUAGUUUUCCAUUUGACACUACCAUUAGUGUUAAAAACGAGUCAUCUCUGCAAGUGUUGUCUCAAACUUGGCACAAAAGUGGAAGUUGUCCAAAGGGAACCAUAUUCCCAUUCGUAGAAUUAGCGGCAUAUCUUUUUACAAAAGGAUAUGGUUUUGUGGGUGCUAGAGGAGUUAUAAAUGUCUGGAAUCCAAGAGUUGAUUCGCCCGAUGAAUACACUACUGCUCAAAUUUGGAUUAAAAAUGGCCCUAACGAUGGUUUUGAAAGUAUUGAAGCAGGAUGGAUGGUCAACCCAAAGUUAUUUAGUGAUUCACAACCUCGAUUAUAUAUACGAUGGACUAUGGAUGCGUACCAGAAGACAGGUUGCAUUAAUCUCAUUUGCUCUGGGUUUGUACAAAUCAACCCAAGGUACGAAUUAGGUGCACCUAUUCAACCUACAUCACAAGAACGAGGAAAACAAUAUGAGGUCCAAAUCCAAAUUUACCAGUUACCAGAAACCAGAAAAUGGUGGCUAGUAUAUGGAGAAGACAAGGUGAUAGGGUAUUGGCCCUAUGAAAUCUUCAAUCAUUUGCAAAGGAAAGCCAGAAUAGUUCAAUGGGGAGGGGAUGUUAAUAGCAAAAACAUCAAGGGAGUUAAACCCCACACUACAACAGCCAUGGGGAGUGGAAAUUAUGCAUAUGGUUUGUGGGGAUCAGCAUGUUACAUUGAUAGACUUAGAAUCGUGGAUUAUAACCUCCUUACGAAGUACCCUAUAUGGGUACGUAGUAAUGCCGAGGAACCCAAUUGCUACACUGCUCUUAAUUACCAAAAGAGUCUUGCAAUUGAGCCUGUGUUCUACUUUGGAGGGCCUGGUGGAGGUCUUUUUUGUCCAUGA